AUGCAAGGUGUCCUGUAUAACCCACCCCUUGUUCACGUUGUAGCUCUUGGCUUCAAGUGCGCAGCAAGUGACGCAUCGGUCGAAGGCACUAACGAGAGGGACGAUGAGCAAAGCCUGCGCGCUGGCCAGAGACGCUGUCCGACCAAGGGUGCGAGCCACACAGAGCUGGCUCGUCUCUUGCGCAACACGUGA